UCGUUGAUACCACGCGGAGAAGCAGCACACAUGGCCGAGCGAGAGAAAUCGUCUUUAUUGAGUGGAAGCGAAUUGCUGCAGCAUCAUACGUCCACCUACGAAGUGAAUGCAGAGUUUACGCGUUUGGUAUCGGUGGAAGAUCUGGAUGCUGCGCGCCAGCAUGAUCUGGCUCGAAUGAAAGACGAUCUUCGGCGCCUUCUGGCACAACAGCGAGUAAGCAAAUCCGAAUGCAUCUCGGAAGGAGUGUGGGAAAAUGAUAACCGCCGAGUGCGCAUAGUACGUGCCGAAGGAAAGUGGCAAGCGUUUGGAUACGAAGACUCGUCCGGGAAGUACGUCGACAGUCACGAGGCGCUGUUCCUCAUGGAAAUGAACCGGCUCAUCGUGAAGUGGAACGGGGUUGUGGUGUCGAUCGAGCAAGGCUAUACGUUGUUCUUGGGACCAGCCCAUCAUAGCAGCUACCUGUCGCUAGAGGAGUAUCAGGUAUACUCCCUGCUAAAUCGUGCCGGUUACUUCGUGCUACGGUAUGACUCCGAUCGUGUGGUAUACCAGCUACAGGAAAUGGACACGCUAUCGGCAGAGGAACGAUGUGUGUGGAGUAAUCUGCACGAAAUGCUCCAUCAACCGAAUCCUCGAGAAACAGUCAGCGAAAAGGAAAAGCAAUCCAACCUGUACGAAACAGUACGCAACUCUAUGCUGCAGUGUAAGGAACACAUUUGUGGUUCUGCCGUGUCGCUUGAAGUGGCCAUUUCCCCACAAACGGAUGAAACACCGUACGAGCCUCCACCAAAGAAACCUCACAUGGAGGAGAACGAUUGCUUUGCGCUGGUCGACCGGUUCCGACGAAUGUUCCAACGAUUCGAUAUCAUUCGUAGCGCAACUGAAGAAGAAUUCAGUCGAAGCGAUGGAUCGAACGAAUCAGUGCCCCGUUUUACCUUUGAGCUAUUUUCAUCCGAUGCACAGGGUUUCAAAAAGUCUCUCCCGCCACUACCAAUUGCAAGGAUACUUGUGCGAAAAUCUUCGGAACCGAUGCCCCAAUUAAGAGAAUUGCAGAGGCUCUACGACUCGCAAAAGAUUCCUGUACCGUUAAUGCUUAUGCUAGUUUCUGAUAGUUUAUCUGUAAAUUGCUUUCUAUACGACAUGAGUCCAUUGAGGAGAAAUAUUAUCAAACUACCGAACGACAGUCUGGGACAGGAUUCACAAAUUGUCGCCAGUAACUCGGUGUACCGUGACGAUAACGGCGUGCAGAAUGAACAUUAAACUUGCAGUUGAACUGUAAUUUGCAACUUUUGAUUUAUUUAGUGUAAUAUUAAAUUCGCAAAUAUGGUUUUUUU